CAACCAACGGCAUACAAUCGAUUCAUUUCAUCGGCUCGUAUUUUCCUCUCAAAAACCCUCGUCAACAACAAACGAAUCAGAUCACUUUUUCUUGAAUUUCAAAGGGAAAAACAACCAUCUCAAUAAAAUGUCUAAAAACAAAGAGAUCCCACCACCUCAAUAUGAUCUGAAUGCAAAGUGGGAUGCUUGCUUGGAUUUGGGUGUUCGCCGGUUCUUCUACUCAUCCGCCACCGGUGCUUUCGCCGGCCUUCUGUUCUUCCGUUCACCUGUUACGCGCUGGGCAUCCGUUGCUUUUGGUGCAGGACUCGGUAUUGGAUCUGCAUACUCUGAUUGCUCUCAGAAAUUUGCCGGGUCAAGUCAAACUUCUCCUGGUGUUGCUAAGGACUGAGAAAAUGUGUGUUGUGACUUAUUGUGAAGGUGAAGAUUGUUGAUGUUUCAAGCAUCAAAUGAAAUGUCUUUUGAUUUUAACAUGUAUGAUUUAGAACUAGACUAAUAAUUUGUGGCAAUGUGCUCUUGUUUUAUACAAUUAAAUAUAUUCAGGUGGCUACCCCUGUUCAUGAAUUUUUGAGGCUUUUUCGGUUGAGUUU